AUGCCAGCCAGGACGAGACCUAUUGAGAAGUUUGCCGAGGCAACAGCGAAGUGCACGCUCGAGGGCGCGGCGUAUGGGAAGUGUAUUGCUUCAAACUAUCAGAAUGUCUCCAAAGACAUGUGUGCGAAAGAGUUUAUGAUGUUGAAGGAUUGCUACCUGCGUGCCAGUGGCAAGAUUCGAUAA